CAAGCGCUCCUCCUCUCAAGCCGGGGUCGGCGUCUUGGUACGCACGUCAGAGCGGCGGCGGGAGACUACGGAGUUUACCGCCGGAAAUCCUGAGGCUUUUACCACAGAGAGCGCGCUCAGCUCGCCAGCUAGAGAGGCUCGCUUCCGCCCCGUUCAGGGGUGGGGGCCGCCAUCUUGAGAGCGUGCGCGCAAAGGCCUUGGCGGGAUUGGCUCCGCGUCGGGGCUCGCCUGUUGCUUCCCGCCUACCGCGGUUUCGUCUCAAACCUCUCCCUGCGAGGAGGAGGGCCUGCCGACGGCCGGUCCCUUUGCAGGUGAAGGCAGAAGAAACUCUUAAUUCUGGAAGUAGCGACUCAAUACCAUGGCCAGCCUCCUAAAUGAAGAUCCAGAAAGAAGUCGAGUGCGUGACAGCUAUUAAAUUUAUCGGUGAAGUGAAAUUCAGAGUAAUUGAGAUCACAUACGUGAAAGGGGAUCUUUUCGCAUGUUCCAAAACAGACUCUCUAGCCCAUUGUAUCAGUGAGGACUGUCGAAUGGGUGCUGGGAUCGCUGUUCUUUUCAAGAAGAAAUUUGGAGGGGUGCAGGAACUGUUAAAUCAACAAAAGAAGUCUGGAGAAGUGGCUGUUCUGAAGAGAGAUGGACGAUAUAUAUAUUACUUGAUUACAAAGAAACGGGCUUCACACAAGCCAACAUAUGAGAACCUUCGGAAGAGCUUAGAGGCUAUGAAGUCCCAUUGUUUGAAGAAUGGAGUCACUGACCUCUCCAUGCCCAGGAUUGGAUGUGGUCUGGAUCGUCUGCAGUGGGAGAAUGUGUCUGUGAUCAUUGAAGAGGUGUUUGAGGCAACAGACAUCAAAAUUACCGUGUAUACACUCUGAACAGAUGAAGAAUUUGGAUGAGCCCGUGGUCUUUUUUGUCUUCUCUACUUGGCUGUAGGACUAAGCAACUGUAGGACCUUAAAAUGGGCAGAGGACAAUGUGUGAGGAAAUCUGUGUCGCAGGCCAGUUGUAGGCUUCUGUAUUCCAAAAAGACUGGAGGGCAUUGCGACCAAGCAGUGUGGCAGGAGGGUGAGGCCUUUCACCGUGUCAGAAAACCAGCUAAGAAACCACUGUGCCUGUUUUGCUUGUUCGCUACUGGAUUUGUCUGGCUGGCCACUAGGUGGCAGCAUUGAUUCUAAUUCUCUUGUUUUUAAAGAGAACUUGUGGAGGUAACUUGGAGAGGUAAACUGUCUUUGGCAUCUUUUGUGUUUGUGCACUUGGUGCUAGUGUGCUGUCAUCAAAAUCAUCUUAGGAAAGGUCACAGUUGUUUUGUUGUAGUGACACAUGUCGGUCUCGACUAUCAUCAAGGAGUCCGUGGGGACAGGUGUGGGGCAAUAAACUUUUCUCUUGGGUUCACUAAA